CUAAAUAUCUCACAUAAGCGACGACACCUCCACUCAACAUGUUUUUUGGUCUCCUUUAUCCCCUUCUAUUUGAACUCUCUGUUCUAAUUCCAGAUCCAGCCUUUUCACAAGAGUCAAACCCUGUGUAUCGCGAGGGCAACCGCGCCUCCUCCACAAGAACCUUUCUGACACGUACAUUCAUUAAACACGAGUUUCAUCACUUGAAUGUGCCGCUUGUUGGAACAGUGGCAGUGUCUGAUGUGUUUGACUGCACGUUAGAAUGUCUUAGCAAUCCUUUGUGUUAUUCUGUAAACCUGGCCGCCUUCAAAGGAACCCAUGGAAAACUUUGGUGCGAAUUGUUGUCAUCUGAUAAGUUCAGAAACUCCACAGAGUAUAAAGGGAAUAAAAGUUCGCAUCAUUUUGCCAUCGAGUCACCUUGCUCUUCAUCACCUUGUCAACACGAGGCUACCUGUGUCACUAACUAUAGAGAUGGCUCAUUCGGAUGCCGCUGUGCAAAAGGCUUCAAAGGAGAAUAUUGUGAAAAAGGUGAAUAG